AUAUUUUAAAUUUAGUACAACAUGAAGACUACAUUGUACAUAUUGGUUUGGAUGGAAAAUGUGUCAUCACAGAUAUCAGUAUGUCAUAUAUCACAUGUUUGCCACCAAAAUCAGUACCUCGAACAAAUCAUACAGAUGUAAAUACUGUUUAUGUUAUCGUGGAAGUAAAAAAGAUCAUGGCGUACAUCGGUGACUUGCGGUAUACAGGAGACGACAAUAACGUUUCCCUUCUUGUUGGACUUUUAAUUGGUGGACUUGUUACAUCUAUUAUUAUUGGUAUUUCGGUUAUAUCAAUUUUAAGGAGAAAUAAGACUAGAGCUGUUAAAAAAUGUAAAAUGGAAAUGAGCGAAGGUUUGUCUGAAAGGCAAGCGAACUUAAGAAAUGACGAUGAACUUGACCAUAUUGAGGAAAAUGGAUCGACAUAUUGUGAAAUAAAUCCAGAUGAUGAGUUACAAAGCGAUACAAAUAUAAGCAAACAUCAAGAUAUAAAUGAAGGAUACGAACAUCUCGCACAUCGAUCACAAAAAGACCCGUAUAAUCAACUAAAUGAGGAAAGUCCUGACGAUCGAGUAGUAGACAUGAUCAAUGUUGAUGAUCGUACAGAGGAUUCACCAAAUAAUGGUAACAUGAACCUGGAAUCAUAG